AUGGUCCUUUGUCAAGAGCUGCAGCUUCGAGAUGUGGCCACAUUGGGUUAUGGAACUUUUGGGAGGGUUGAUCUCGCCUGGAGUGAAGCCAGACAGGAAUAUUACGCUGUGAAAAAGUUCAACAUACAUGAGGUGGUACAGCGAAAUCGUACCGAAUACGUGAAACGGGAGAAGCAGCUUCUUUUCAUGUCCUCAUGUCCGUUCGUCGUAGAAUUAAUUUGUACAGAAAUGGAUCGGGUCAAUCUCAGCCUCGUGCUGGAAUUUGUUCAUGGUGGAGAAUUAUCCGACUACCUGCAUGACAUGAAUGAGGAGGACCUUCAGACGGCCGUUCGGUUUUAUUCUGCGGAGAUUAUAUGCGCACUUCAACAUAUCCAUUCAAAGAAUAUUGUAUACCGCGAUCUCAAACCUGAAAAUCUGCUCCUGUCCAAAAACGGUCACGUCAAACUCGCUGAUUUUGGUCUUGCCAAGCUUCUUAAGGGAAAGACCUACACUGUGUGUGGUACUGCCGAAUAUAUUGCACCUGAAGUGAUCAUGAAGAAAGGUUACGGUAUCGCUGUGGACUGGUGGUCCCUAGGUGUUCUUAUUUUCGAACUUCUUCACGGCCAGCCGCCAUUCUGCGGUGACAGCACAGAAAUGGUAUUCGAAGCCAUUCGGCAAGGGGACGUCACUUUUCCGGACGACUUCGAUCAUUCUGCUCGAGAUCUAAUCUUAUCACUUCUGGAUCGUGACCCGUCAAAACGAGGCGUGGAUAUUUGCUCCCGAAAAUGGUUCGAUGGUGUGGACUGGGAGAAAGCCAGGAGUCUAUCAAUUCAGCCACCACUGAUUCCAGCUCCAUUCGACGUAACA